AUGAAUAACCAGGCACUAUUUGAAAAAUUAGAUCAGACUACAGAGAUUCUGUCGACCAAAUUAGGUGAGUUGGUCAAACUGGCCUCGUUGGACGAUGCAGAAACUUCAAUGGGAUCAGUAUCCACCAACGGUUUAUUGAUGGUUAACAGUCAAACUAUGCAGUUAGUAAAAGGAAUUCAAGAUUUAUUAGCACUUACUCGUAGCAUCAGAGAGAAAUGGUUACUGAAUCAGAUUCCUGAACAAGGCACUGCGGAUCCUGAGAUAUCCCAAGACCCAGGGCAGCUAGAAAGUCUGUUGGAAAAAUGUAUGCAAGAAGUCUUGGGAGACCAUUGA